CGCAGCUAGUCUAUUUUCUUCAUACUUGAUUCUCCAACACUCCGCUAUACUCUAGCCAUUUUCUAGUUUUCCAUGUCUCCUUUCCCUCUGGCUUUCUUUCCCUUGACCAAGCAUCCCCGUAACGCCAUACUCGCUGUCCAGUUAGAGAAAAACGUCACGCGCAGCGGACCACACCCCAUUUCACUAGCCGCCGACUCCCUACCCGUGCAAGCAUAUAUUCUACUUCUUGCCCUCCUCCUCUUCCCACACCCGCUCUACCCUAACCCAACCACCAAAAUGGCGCCCAAAACCAACAACAUCCACCCAUCAUCCCACCCUACACACGCCAGUCCAAGCUCCUCUUCCUCCAUCGAAGCCAUAAUCACAUCUCUCCCCUCUCGUCCAGACACAGCCGCAGCCGCAGCCACAUACCACUCCUCCAUCCGCACGUCCGCCGCCCAACUCCGCGCCUUCCUUCCCUCCAGCCCCGACCCCACAUCCCCAGCAGCAGCAUGGCUCCCCAUCCCCGAGGCCAUCUACCGCCACGCAUCGCGCUUUCCAGAGCGCGUGUCCACGUGCGUCGAUCUCUUCCACAGCAUCGCUGACACGCUAGAGUGCGACACCGGCGAAGCGACCGUGCAAGACCAAGAGCAGCGGAAACGCAAGCAGGAGUUUCUAGACAGCAUUGAGCGCGUGUGCCAGGCGGAGAUAGCCUCGUACGGUCGCGCAGAGAAAGAGGAAGACGUGGAAGUACCAACUAGUUCUAUCCUCCUCCUCGGCCACCUGCACGCGCACUCCCUGCUCUCCUUCCGGAUCUUCGACGCCUUCCUCAGCUCGACACUUUCCCGUGCGACGGAGUCGUCUGGGGGAAUGCUUUCGGACGAGCAAUUCGCGGCACUCGUUGAAGUGCUGACGCUCAACGGACCUCGCAUUCUGGCGUCUGCUGCUCCGGGGACCAAAACGGCGCUAGAACGAUACGUUAGCCAGUUGGAAGAUAUUUGCGAGGGCGGGCUGGGUGGCGCGUCGGGCCAGGCGUUUAUGCUGUGGGCGCUGAAGGCGAAGAUGAGGGAUGGGUGGGCUGGUGGGGAUGGAGAGGGAGGGAUAGGAGGGGUUAUUGCCGGGGUCGUGGAGGCGGGGGAUGAGCUUUUGGAGUAUGACGAGGUGGUGAGGGAGUUGGGGGAGAUUAGGGAGUGGCGGCCAUGAGAGGAGCAUCCCUCGUUGAUAGAGGUUGAGGCGGUGGGGCACGGUAAUACUCAUCCUGGAGUGCUUUAGUAUCUUCUCCAUAGUUUAGAGGAGCCACGGGUCCGACACGUCGGGUCGGUCCCAUAGGCACCACGCUCGAAGACGCGAAUCGUUGUCGUCAUGAUGCCGGCGGAGGGAACGCCGAACAUCCGCAUUGGCCGCGAGCGCGUCGUCUAUGUACUCGCACGGCUUCGUCGUCGCCGUACAGCGCUGACAGGAGCGGCCGCGUCCGGGAACACACCUGAAUCCCCUAUCUUGAAGCCCCUUAGCGCCUUAUCUAUA